ACGUGGUCUAGACGGAGCUAGUUCAGCCAUCCAUAACUAGAAUUUUUCUCCGCCCACUUCACCUUGAAGUCCCCAUGAGGAUUUGUCCGGCGCUUCUGUGCUGCUUGGCAUCCUUGCUGUUUGCUGCGAGGUUCUGCCAGGGAGAUGAGGACAGGGUCGAGGUCGUUGGCAUAGGAGAAUGUGCAGAUUGUGAACGGAAUAACAUCAAUGCCGAGCAAGCCUUUUCAGGGAUUCGCGUGUCGAUCAAUUGCCUCACACCCGAAGGAGUAUACCAGAGAAGAGGAGUAGGGGAACUGAAUGAAGAAGGGAAGUUCAAAGUACUGCUUCCUUCUGGGAUCUUAGCUACUGGGAAGUCAAAAGAAGAAUGCUAUGCACAGCUUCACAACGCAGCGGCCGCACCGUGUCCCUCUUAUGGCGGUCCCAAGUCCUCCAAGAUAGUUUUCAAGGCCAUUACUCAUGGAAAACAUACUUAUGGGUUGGCCGAUAAGCUGAUGUUUUCCCCAGUAACGUGCACUUCUGCCUUCUUGUGGCCUUACUUCAAGCACCCAUUGCCUAAGUUCAAACCACCUGUGAAGGGCUUCGGUCAUCCAUGGUUCCCUCCAAAGAAGCUUCAGCCUCUCCCGGCGAAGGACUUCCCUCCUAUUUAUAAGAAGCCUCUCCCUCCACUUGAACCAGUAUAUAAAAAACCAUUUCCACCUCAAAUCCCCAUCCACAAGGAGCCGCUUCCAAUGCCGAUACCGACAUACAAGAAGCCCCUUCCGCAACCAAUACCAGUGUACAAGAAGCCAUUUCUUCCCUUUGUCCCUAAAUUCGAGAAACCGCUUCCUCCACCGAUACCGAUAUUCAAGAAACCGAUACCACAGCCAUUUCCUAUUUUCAAGAAGCCGCUGCCACCGCCUUUCCCGUUCUUCAAGCCCCUUCCUCCAUUCUAUAAAAAGCCGUUCCCCGAGAUCCCUCCCGAGCAACCCACGUUUGGAGAGCUGCCUCCAUUUGUACAGUAUCCUUAAAGAGUGUCGAAACAUGAUCCUCAGGUGUACGAGGAGGAACUGCGGUCAAUCAAACGAAGGCUGAUUUGAUAGUUUUAGCUUCUGCAAUGAUGCCUUUCAUAAUAGGAGCACUAUCAGUUGUGUUAUUGGAGAAUCAUGAGAUGAGAGGGUGAGUAAAUAGCAGAAACCAGUGUACUGUUGUUACUUAUUUACUGUUGUUACUUAUUUAUGCCAAUAAUAAGUUGUCUGUUGUGUGUGACUUACUGCAUUCGUAGUGCCUUAGCUUUUGUACCUUGUAUUGAACGAUUGUCCCUCGAGAGAAGUGUUACCUUCAUUCUACAACGAUGGUCGACGAGAUUGAACGCCAUGUAUCUAUCGUAAACAACUUUAAGAGCUUGAGCAUAUCAGACGUCCAUUUCCCCA